UUGUUGAGUGUACACAUAAGCUCGGAUCUAUCGCAGAUUGCACUCAUUUGUAGAAUGCUUCUUAUAAUAUAAAGUCGUUUACAAACACUUGGAAAGAUAUUAACAUUGUACUGAUAAAAAUAUUCAUCUCUUCAAAAAAAAUAUCAGUGAUCAUCAUCGCAUCGCCCGGCAGGGACGAAGAUGGACACCAAAGACCAACGCAGCCGAUCAGCGCAGGGUAACGCACCCUACUGCCAGAUACACAGUGACGGUAGCCCGACCACCGGCAUAACAUCACUGGCGUUUGAAAGGAUUAAGUCGGAGGAAAUGGAGUCGGUCGACGCAUCGUCUGAUCAGGUGCAGGCAGGUGACGGUCAGCCAGGGCCUUCCGGAGAAACUCGGAGUAGCAAGAGAGCUAAUCAGAAAGAUAGCGGCGUUUGCAUGCAUCCACCUUAUAAGGAACCAUUACAAGAUGUGCACUCUGAUGCGAAAAGUAAACGACUUCAAUACAGUCAGUCUGGGAAGAGAAAGUCUUCUUUUCCCCAUUUUUACGUUGCAAAUCGGAAGAGCAGUAUCGUCGAAGCGCGGAGGGAUUCCCUUCGCUGGAGUAGUGUGAGUGAUGACAGUGCCAUUGACGUGAACAGCAUACCUAUGUCAAGCCUCAGCAUGCAGAGCAACGAUACAAUUGAAGAGAAAGAGGACACGAUGCCAUACAUAAUACACAACGACAUAGAAGAAAACAAGGACACAGAUAUAAAAGACAACGACAAAGACAUAGAACACAAAGAAACAGACAAAAACGACACAGACAAAAACGAGGACAACGAUUCAGAGAUAGUAGAGAACGACUUAGACAUGGAAGAAGAAAAGGACACAGAUAUAGAAGUCAACAACGUCAUGGACAUAGGACACAGCCAGAAAGACAUAGAAGACCACAGUGACAUAGACAUAGGACACGACGACAUAGACAAAGAAGACAACGAUUUAAAUAAAGAAGAAAACAAAGACAUAGAUAUUGAAGUCAACAACGACAUGGACAAAGGACACAAUGACAAAGACAUAGAAGACAACAGCGACAUAGACAUAGGGCACAACGACAUAGACAUAGAAGACAUUGACAUAGAUGACAACCUCAACAAAGACAUAGAACACGACAACGAAAUAAAAGACAACAGCGGAAAAGUCGUAGAAGACAACAAACUAGUCGCAGACAUCGAAGAAAACAAUUACAUUAGGAUAGACCAAGAUCAGACCGAACCUUUCGACGAGGUUGAAAACACUGAAAGACGACACCCACAUGCCGUACUGUUUUUCAGGGGCUUUUUUCGGUGGUUGUGUUUCUGUAACCACCCCCCGAAAGCCGACACCAGCAAAGAGCAUUUUACGAAUCAAGGCUUUUCGGACGAAGACCUCGAUGAUUCCUGCCAUUCAGUGCCCCAUGGAACAGACCGGGCUCAAACCUUAUCAUCCCAACCCUCAACUGACCCUGUGUUCUCUGAUGAAGAGUCCAGUCCUGACCAGUCUGCAGCCAUGGACGAACACAAAAAUGUCACCCUCGAUAAACAGGAUUUGCUAGACUUAUUUGACUCUAUGUGUCAGGAAGCAAAAGGAAUGGGCUAUGAUGUAGUUGGGCGCGUUGUUCAGGUUCUCAACUUUGCUGCCGCUGUGUUGGAUAGUCGAGGUGGUAUUCUGUCUGUUGACGCUUUGGGUGUCCAUCUGUACAUUCCACCUGGUGCCAUACCAGCUGAGGAAUCUCCCCAGAUAGUCUACAUGUACGUUCAAGGCCGCAACCACCUCACUCCGUAUGUCCAGUGCGGGCCUUCAAGAUUCGAAUUCAGGAAGGAUGUCAUCUUGAUCUUACCCCACUGCGCAAAAGACGCAGUAGAUACCAAGUUCACCUGUGUGAAGUCUUCCUCCAGUGGAAACCAGACGAUUGAAGGAGGCAAGGAUGGAAAUGUGAUCGUCAAAAGUAAAUCCAUCUUGAUGACCAUGCGCCACUUCUGUGGACUUACAGCUUAUGGAAACCCCAAGGCUAAAUACAUGGUAGCAUGUGUAUUCAUCAAAGACAUCAACGAUACAAACGUCAUGGUUCGUGUUCGACUAUUUGACGACACGAAGGCUAAUCUUCAGGAAAUUCAGACAACAGAGACAAGAAAUGGCUUCAUCCAGGUUGAUAUGCCAGGAACUUUGACAGUGAAGCGCACCGACCCGGAGAAGGACGUUAGGAUUAACCUGAUGUGCUCAGAUGCAGAUUGUUGGGAAAUCACAGAGCCGAAAAGUGGUUGGCAGGCAAUUCAACACUCGAUCUUGUGGCGGGAGUGUGGUCCAGACAACGUGCCGACGUUCCCGUCGAAAAUAUUCAAGGCUAGCAUGCGAAGAUCCACAGAGAGGGCGCCCUUUGAUGGUUAUCUAAAAGUCUUUCAAGAGGGUUGUGAGGAGCAAAGUGUUGAUUUCGCGCUGACUUAUUCACUCAAUGUUGCCAAGGCAACCAGUCCCAGACAAAUCACUGAGGAGCAAGUCAAGGAAAUCUGUCGUCAGCAGAUCAGGGAACAGUUGCGAGGUCCCGUCGCCGAGAGCAGACUGCUGGAUGAAGAUACACUAAGGGAGCUCUGUUCGCGCCUGGAUGAGCCUAGUCCUAUUGGUCAUGACUGGCGCAUCCUUCCGGAGAAUCUGACGGGAUUGAAAGGCCACGGGCACGGCUGGGUGAAAAGCAUCGAGACAAGAGCAGCCAGCGGGUUUCUAACUCCGCAAAGCCCCACCGAGCUCGUCCUCGAUGCGUUCUUUGCUACGUCAAGGGAAAACGAUAUGGGUAACAGGCGCACUUUGCAGGAGCUGAAGCGUGGUCUCCACAGUCUGAACCGACCAGAUGUGCGGUUUGCCAUCAAGGUCAUCGAUGACCAGAUAUGCCCCGACCCCCAAGAAACAAACAACAAUAAUAAAACUACACGUACAAUGAAGUUCGAGAAGGAAGGAGAAGUGCCCGAAAUAAAAUCCGAACAAGACCAAUCGCAGAUGUCUAGGUCGCAAAGUUGGGAGCAGCCACCACAGAGGAAUGCCACUGCGAUGAAUGGCACACGGGAGGAUCUCGGUCUGGAUAGAGCCAGUUCUACGAGUGAUCUACUCUUUUCGUCAAGUUCAGCAUCAGACCCUGAAGGUCAGAUAAACAAACUCGAUAACAAGCAAAGAAAAGAUAGUGCCUACGAAAGCUUCAUUCGGCUUAACACUGACGACCGUUAAAUUCAAUGAGGCCAGAUAGGGUUCGUUAAUGAAGGCUGUUAAAUGUAGUAACCAACUGAUAACGUAUCACCGACUUAUAAUGUCACAAAAAUAUUGUACCACUAACCGAAAAUUUUACCAAAUUCAGGCUCUCCAAUUGGAGGAAGGAAUCUCCAUGGGCUCUCAAAGGGAUUUAAACAAUGAAAACUCACGUUUGCCUACCGUAAAAAAUAAUCCGAACAGAGGGUGGGCACAAGUCUGAGUAUCAACCAUUGUCCAACGGGACCAUCUCUGUCUCCGGUUGUGCGCGGGGAUGAGACAAACCGUGACCGACACCACGAAGUCCACUUCAGUGUUGCUUCGUAAAAACCGCUUAAUGACCCAUUUUGGUUUCACUCAAGUGUGCGCGCACAUCGGACCUUGGCGCGAACGAUUUUCGUUUUCACAAAUUUUCAACACUGUUACGGAAAUACUAUUGGGAUAACAACGUUUUUGAACGUUUGACUGGAAUGAAAUUAAUCAUUAAUUUUGUAGGAUUACACAAAAUUUAAAUAAAAAAAAAUCAAUCUUGUGAAAUAAAGAUGAGUGCAUGUUACUUCGUGAAAACAAAAAUGGGUGCGUCAGCGUGUGUGAACAUGAGUGUUUAAAUAUUUCGUGAAAUCGAAAAUCACUCGAUUCUGUAAAAUACGCGCGUAGCGUGCACUCAAGUCCACGUGGGUGUUACUUCGUGGUGUCGCUGACGAGACAUCGAGCCGGGGGCGGCAUACCGAAUGGCCCCUUAACCGAUGUUAUGAAAGAUGUCAGUUAUUAUGUAAUGUGUGCUGAAGGCGUGCUCACUUCUUUAAACAAACCAUUUUUUUUUAGUUUCUACCUUUCAAGUGUUUGUUUGUGUAUUAAAACAUUCUGAUUGUUUUUUUUUAGACAAAAAUUUUGUCAUCCCUAUUUUAAAUUCCCUCCUGAUCAACAUCACUCCCAAUUUACCCAAUCCCUUCUUUUCGGCCUAAUUUUCCUUUUUUCCCCAGUUCAAGUGUUUCACACACACACAAUUCGGUCACAUGCAACAUGCAGUUGUUUUUAAUUUUAGUUUUUAAAAAAUCUAGCAAAAAUAAAGCAGACAAGGUGACUUAUAAAAUAUUUCAUGCAAAAUAACAGUAUGAUUUAAUUGUUUUAAUUACAAUACCUGUUUCAAUAACAAAAAAAAUCGUCAGAACAAACCCCCCAAAAAGUCAUCUGCUAGUAUUCAUGCUUCCUAAAUUAAAAUAAUCCUUGAUUGAUUUCUUCUACCAAAAGUUUGGGACUUUCAAUUCUAAGACUUGAUUUUCUGUAAGUUUUGAAUUUGUUGAAAACUCCAAUAUUAUUGUAACAUACGGAGUUAAAAGAUUUUAAUCUUAGAUGCAAUUUGUUUUGAAUGUGCCUAGUGACACAUGUAAGUAUAUAUUAUCAUGAGAAAUAUGAGCCUGCCUAUUGGGGCAUAACACUUGAUUUUAAAAGGCGGUGUGUCGGCAAGUUGGACGAUGAUGUGUAAAAGGCUGUAGCCUUUAAGUGACAUUUUAUGUAAAUCUUGUAGAAAGUGUAAUAGACUAAGUGGUGAUUUAGAUGGUUUAGUUAUGAAAAAUGCGUGCUGACUUCAGUGUUGUUAUUGGUCUAAAACAGGCAGUUAUUUUGACCGAAAAAUGCAAGCCAUAAAGCGAUAAUCAGAUCUACUCAUCAAAUGCAGUUGUAUACUGGGAAUAGUUGAGAAAUCAGCUCUGCAAGCGAGUCUUCCUAUUUCAAGUCUGAAAAGUCAUUAAGCUAAAGUUAAGACCAUGGGCUUGAUAACACUAAAUACCUGCUGUAUCAUGUCUUAAAUGCUGCACUGUUUCUUGAUCUACAGAGCAGUCGGGUUUCAAGUAAAAAAAAAAGUAUAUACGACGUUGAUUUUACUUCAAAAAUAUGCCUGCAUUUCAUGUUUGUCAGGAAAACUCAUUAAUUAAUCAAAAGGCUAUAUAUGGCGAUUAUUCAGUAUAUGUAUUUCUGACAGAAAUGUACCAUUUUGCUUUAUUGACUUAUGGUAGAAUAUAACCAAGCAUUUGUUUGCUGAUGUAAUGUGGGACGUAUUUUUUACCUCCUAAAUAGUCAUGACGUUUUACACAACCAGCUUUUCUCCUUGGUUGUUCAAAACUCCAUGUCCCACAUCACAUCGGACAGUCACUAGAUUUAAACGUAUCAAUUUAGUAGUGCAAAGUGAUUACUCAGUAUUUAUGUAUUUAUGUAAGUGUAUAUAAUCAUGAAAAAUAUUAAUCUGCCUAUUAGGACUAACACUUGAUUUUAAUAGGCGAUGUGUUGGCAAGUUGAACUAUGAUGUUUAAAAGGCUGUUGGCUGUAAGUGACAUUUUAUGUAAAUCUUGUAAAAAGUGUAAGAGUAUGCUGAUGAUUUAGAAGGUGUAGUUAUUUUUUAAAAAUGCGGGCCGACUUUAGGGUUGUUAUUGGUUUAAAACAGUUGUUUUGACCUAAAAUGCAAGCCAUAAAGCGAUAAUCAGAUCUACUCAUCAAAUGCAGGUGUACACUCUGGGAAUUUUCGAGUAAUCAGCUAUGCAAGCAAGUCUUCCGAUUUCAGGUCUGAAAAGUAAUUAAGCUAAAGUUAAGACCAUGGGCUUGAUAAAACUGCAAGACUGCCUAACUAAUACCUGUUGUGCUACGUCUUAAAUGCUGCACUGUUUCUUGGUCUAGCGGUCGGGUUUCAAGUUUUAAACAAGUAUAUAUGACGUUAUUUACGUCACAAAUAAUUUCAUUUUUGUUAGGAAAGCUCAUUAAUUAAUCAAAAGGCUAUAUUGCGAUUAUUCAUUAUAUUUGUUACAGAUAUUAAUCAAAAGGCUAUAUUGCGAUUAUUCAUUAUAUUUCUUAUAGAAAUUUACCAAUUGCUAGAAUGUAACCAAGCAUUUGUUGGCUGAUGUAAUGUGGGACGUAUUUUUCCCUCCUAAACAUUGAUGACGGUUCACCUUAACCAGCCUUGCUCCUUGGUUGGUCUAAACUCCAUGUCCCACAUCACAUCAGACAGUCACCAGAUACAAACGUAUCAAUUUAGUACAAAUGGAUUACUCAGUGAGUUUGAAAACCCUUCAAGACAUCUUGUUCAGUGUGUAUUCAUCACUUGCAUGAAGGUCAUUUGCUAAGAUUGACGCAAGUUGGAGCGGGU